AUGAUUCUCAAUUCCCCAAAGGAUGUGUAUGCGUGACAGAGUCAAAAAAGUGUGAAAAAGAAAACCCAUUAAAAAGGUGAAUUUUUACAUUAAUAACCCAAAACCCGCUGAAAUGAGAAACCACAACCACCCACUCCUCCACUCACCAAAUCCAUUGACAACUUUGGGAUUUGGAAAACUUCACAGAGACAGAUUCCAUUUUCUAUUACUCACUAGCAAAUACUUUACCUAAUUAUAUAAUCUCCACAUAUCUCUUUUUUUGACUUUCAACGACUCUCUUCUCUUCCCACUUUCUCCAGUGUCCAUAUACGAUACUACCAAAAACUCAACUCUCAAACUCCCCCCCAAACUUUUCAACCCUUAUCUUCUUCUUCUUCCUCUUCUGAAUACCUUUACUUCUCUGAUCAACCUCUGAUUUCUUUUUUUUCUCUUUUCCUGAAGCUGUGCACGUGAAAGGGAUCCCCAAUGUAUUCUAAUAUGUCACCUCUCUACCCCGUGAUUCCAUUAUGUCUUUUCUUCUGUUCACACAGUCUGUCUUCUUUCUGAUCUUUUCCCAUUUACAUUUCUCCAGCUCAAGACACCAAAUUAUGGGCUUGUCUCUAUGGGGAUCUCUCCUGUUCUUCUCCUUCUUCUUCAAGCAUCUGACGAGCCUAGAUCCCAACACCGACGCCUUUUAUCUCUCUCACUUCUUCUCCGCACUGAGAUUAUCCAAUUCUUCCCAAGCUCACAAUUUUUCUUCUCCUUGUUCAUGGUCAGGAGUAGUUGUCUGUGACUCUAGAGACAACGUGCUCCAUAUUUCAGCUUCUGGGUUGGACCUAUCUGGUUCCAUCCCUGACAACACCAUUGGCAAAAUGAGUAAGCUUCAAACUUUAGAUCUCAGUGGAAACAAGAUUACGUCUCUGCCCUCAGAUUUGUGGAGUCUGAGCUUGCUCCAGAGUCUUAACCUCUCUUCCAACCGGAUUUCUGAGCUUCUUCCCAGCAACAUCGGCAAUUUCAUUUCCCUUCAGACACUUGAUCUUUCUUUCAACAGUUUCUCUGGUGAAAUCCCUGCCGCUAUAAGCUCCCUUGUCCGGCUAACAACUCUCAAGCUCCACAACAAUGGCUUUCAGUUUGGUGUCCCUCCAGGACUUCUCCAUUGCGGAUCUCUAGUCUCCAUCGACCUCUCAUCCAACCGGCUCAGCGGGUCUCUACCUGCUGGUUUUGGUUCUGCAUUCCCACAUCUAAACAGCUUGAACCUUUCACGGAAUCUGUUUCAGGGUUCACUGAUAGGAGUCUUGCAUGAAAACGUGGAAACGAUUGAUCUCAGUGAAAACAGAUUUGAUGGGCAUAUUUUGCAGUUAAUACCCGGCCACAAACACAACUGGUCUAGUCUGAUUCAUCUUGACUUGUCCGAUAAUCGCUUGGUUGGCCAUAUAUUCCAUGAUUUGAGUUCAGCCCAUAAGUUGGGACACCUUAACCUGGCCUGCAAUCGUUUCAAGGCACAAGAAUUCCCGCAAAUCGGCAAGCUUUCAGCUCUACAUUAUCUGAAUUUAUCCAGGACUAAUCUCACUAAUAUCAUACCACGUGAAAUCUCGCAGCUGAGUCAUUUGAAGGUUCUUGAUCUCUCCUUCAAUAAUCUCACUGGCCAUGUGCCAAUGCUGAGCCUCGAGAACAUUGAAAUACUUGAUCUAUCGCUGAAUAAGCUUGACGGCGAAAUUCCAAGGCCAGUUCUGGAGAAACUCCCCAUGAUGCAAAGGUUUAACUUUUCUUUCAACAAUCUAACCUUUUGCAACCCCAACGUCUCACAGGAAACAAUCCAGAGGUCCUUCAUUAACUCCACAAACAACUGCCCCUUCGCUGCAAAGCCGAUUGUUAUAAAUGGUAAGAAAGUCAGCAAGAAGAAGACAGGGCUUAAGAUUGGUUUGGGAUUAGCAAUAUCCAUGGCUUUCUUACUUGUAGGACUGUUGCUGGCUUUGAGAGGUAGAAGAAAAUCAAGAACUUGGGCAACAAAGCUUGCCAUAAACAACUCAGAACUAAACUCGCCAGAGCAAAGUGAUUCAAUCACUUAUGUCAAGCAAGCAACGCAAAUCCCUGUGGUAAUGAUCGACAAGCCAUUGAUGAAGAUGACGCUUGCAGAUCUCAAGGCUGCGACUUUCAACUUCGACAGAGGCACAAUGUUGUGGGAAGGCAAGUCUGGUCCUACUUACGGAGCAGUCCUACCCGGUGGAUUCAGAGCAGCUUUAAAAGUUAUCCCAACUGGAACCACAUUGACCGAUAUGGAAGCCUCGAUUGCGUUUGAACGCCUCGCCAGGAUCAAUCACCCAAAUCUUCUCCCGCUCUGUGGAUACUGUAUAGCCACAGAGCAAAGAAUUGCGAUUUACGAGGACCUCGACAUGGCGAAUUUGCAAAGUUUACUCCAUAACAAAGCAGACGAUUCUGCACCGUGGAGACUUCGACAUAAGAUAGCUCUGGGGACGGCGAGGGCUUUAGCUUUCCUCCAUCAUGGCUGCAUUCCUCCAAUGGUACACGGAGAAGUGAAGGCCGCAGCAAUCUGGUUAAACUCUAGCCAAGAACCACGCUUAGCAGACUUUGGUUUAGUCAAACUCUUGGAAGAGGGAUUUCCUGGUUCCGGCGAAUUAGACGGGUACACACCACCGGAGCAGGAGCGAAAUGCUUCUCCCACACUAGAAUCCGAUGUAUAUAGCUUUGGAGUUGUUUUGCUUGAGCUCGUGAGUGGGAAGAGGCCGGAUGAAGAAUUGGUGAAUUGGGUGAGAGGACUGGUGAGGCAGGGGCAAGGGUUGAGAGCCAUUGAUCCGAAGAUGCUAGAGACAGGUUCGGAGGAGCAGAUUGCGGAGGCGGUGAAGAUAGGGUACUUGUGUACCGCCGAUCUGCCAUGGAAGCGACCUACGAUGCAGCAGGCGGUGGGACUUCUCAAAGACAUUUCUCCAAAUAGUUGAUAGGCCAGUAAUUGGGCCUAUAAUGGGCUAAUCAUACUUAACAUGAAUAUCAUUAACAUGAUCCCAAUUAAACUCUGAAGCUUUGUAAUGUUUUAUUAUUGAUUAUGUGAUUUAGAAGAAAUGAGAGAGCGGUUUAUA